AUGUCGCAAACCGAGUCUCAAAUCCUGAAUACGUUUCUUGUGUCGCCAUCAAGUUUGCAGGAAACGGUAACACUUAAUACGUUUGUAUCAUUUUUUCCAGCCUCUAAAAGAUCACAUCCAGACAUUCCUAUUUUAUAUCGUUCAUUGCAAGCGCAACGAAGUGCGCUUUGUCAAAUGGUUAGGAAGAAUAUCCAGCUUGAGUGUAAACUUGGCAUGCAAUCAAUGAAAGUUAUGGAUGUAGAAGCAAAUGUUUUGGAGGAGAAAAAGGAGGAAAUGCAAGAGUUUACAAUGAAAUCUUUGGCGUUGCCGGAGAUGCUUAAACAAAUGGAAGAGGCCGUAGAGAAAAUGCAGAAAGAAAUAGAGCAGCUUGGUAAAGGAUGUGAUGAUUUGUUAAAGAAUAUGAAGACGAUGGUUAGUGAAAUGAAUGAUUUUCAAUAUGGUAAGGGAAGUUUGGAUCGUUCAGAAACAACAAUGGAUGGAUUAAGAGAAUUGAUUGAAACAUGUGAAGAAUUAUUGAAAACUUGCGAAAAUGUAUAGCAUAAUGUAAAGAUUGGGAUUUUUUAAGAUAUGAAGAAAGAAAGCUAAAUUAAUGUUAUUGGAUGGAUAGAUAUAUUAUUUGAUGUAAUAUUAAAUAGAAAUGAUAAAGGGAUGUGUUAUGCAACGAUAAUUGUUGACAAACUCUAGCG